AUGGCCUUCAGGGGGCCGGAACCCUGGGUCCCUGCAUCCCUGCAGAGCCAGAGGUUGAAGGCUGAGGAGAAGAUACUGGAUCUGGAAUUUGAAGUCUUAAGUGUGGGGUUUAACGAGGAGGGCAGAUACGUCCUGCGGCUGACAGCUGAGAACCCCCUGCAGGCUGGAUCUGGGGCUGGGGUACUAUUGCAGGUAAAUAAUGGGGACCCCCUCCCUACCUGCUCUGCUGUCACCGAUGUCAUUGAGCAGCAGGAUCCUGGCCAGAGCCUCGCCCUCACCAGGAACAAGUUUGUCUUUAUUUUGCCCAAAGGGUUCUGCAAGAACGACGGGCAGCACGACGCGCAGCUGCGGGUGGAGGCGCUGCUGCUGGGCGGGGCCUCAGGACGCCCCGCCCAGCGGGUGGGCGAGGCCAUCUUCCCGGUCUUCCCGCGCCCGGACCAGCCCCGCAUGAACCUGUGGGCGCGGGAGCACGAGGACCUGUACCGGUACCGCGGCAGCCUGGCCCUGCUGCGUGCCAGCGCCGACCCCACGGCCCGCCACUGCGGGGGCCUGGCCUACAGCGUGGCCUUCCGGGAGCACCGGGACCCUCAGCCUCCAGCCCCCAACUGCCCCCCGGGGGCCGGCCGCCCAGAGCUAGUUAGCCCAGAGGAGCCCCCGAACACCUUCCGGAGUGUGGAAUCUGUCACCAGCCACCUGUCCCCCUCUAAUAAGGAGACCAUCAUGGUCACUCUCCACGGGGCCAUCAACCUACCCUCCUGCAGGGAUGACUCUGAGCCGUGGCCCUAUGUGGUAGUGAAAACCACAUCUGAGGACACGAAGAACCAGAAUGCUAAGGCAGUCACAUCUGUAACCUCGGAGCCCACCAAAGCCCCCAUCUGGGGGGACACGGUCAAAGUGGAGCUCCAGGCUGAGGAUGCGGGGCGAGAAGAUGUGGUCCUCAAGGUGAUGGACAAUAAAAAGAAAGAGGAGCUGUUAUCCUACCAAAUCCCUAUCAAGUACCUGCGUGUCUUCCACCCCUACCACUUUGAGCUAGUGAAGCCCGCCCAGUCUGGAAAAGCUGAAGAAGCCACUGCCAAGACCCAACUGUACGCGACCAUCGUUCGGAAGGGCAGCUUCUUCCCCCGCUACGUCGGCAGCAACCACACAGCUCUGGAGGUCUUUCUCCGCGGAGUCAACGAGCCCCUGGUCAACAACCCAGACCCCAUGGUGGUCAUUGCCAGGGUGGUUCCCAACUACAAUGAUUUUAAGGUCAAUCAGGUAAAGCAGGACCCGGCGUUCACAGGGCUGCCCAUCACCCGACUCUCCUUCCCUAUCUCAUCUGUGAUGCACUUCGAUGUUCCUCGGGUCAGCCAGAACGGGUGCCCUCAGCUGUCCAAGCCUGGGGGACCCCCGGAGCUGCCCUUAUGGAACCAAUCCUUCCUCUUCCAAGGCCGAGACGGAGCCACCAGCUUCUCGGAAGACACAGCCCUGGUGCUGGAGUACCACUCCUCGGCUUCCAUGAAAGGCAGUGAGCCAUGGACCCUCAGCAAGCCCCUGGGCGUCUCCGUGUUGCCGCUAAAGAGCCGUUUGUACCGCAAGAUGCUGGCAGGGAAGGGUCUGAAUGGGCUGCGUGUGGAGAGGCUCCCCAUCACCGACACCAAGCUGAAAACCAUAAAUGGUGAGGCCCCCACAGUGGAUAUCUCCUUCCAGCUGCUUUCCUCUGAGAAGCCGGAAAACUUCUUGACACCAAACAGCAGCCAGGUUCUGCCCAUCCUGGACCCCAAGAUCUUAGAUGAGAAGCUGGGUACCAUCCGUGAGUCCUGGUCCAAGGCCACGGUGAGCUCUACAAUGGAUUCCAGCACAUCUACCUCUCAGGAAACAGAGAUAGAGCCUCAGGCACCCAAGAUGUCCCAUGAAAUGGAGAUGAACAACUACCGGCGGGCCAUGCAGAAGAUGGCAGAGGACAUCCUGUCGCUGCAGAAACACACCAGCAUGCUGGAGGCCGAGAACCGCAUGCUGAGGAGCCAGCUGACCCAGGAGGAGGGGGAAGAGGAGCAGGACAACGCCAACAAAGCUCAGAACUCCUCCACCCCACCAGUGUCCAUGAAGCAGAAACUGCUGCUGAGUGAGCUGGACCUGAAGAAACUGAGGGACAAGGUGCAGCAUUUGCAGAAUGAGCUGAUUCGGAAGAAUGAUCGAGAGAAGGAGCUGCUCCUCCUGCACCAGGCUCAGCAGCCACAGGCAGCGCUGCUGAAGCGGUACCAGGACAAGCUGCAGAAGAUGAAGGCGCUGGAGGAGACCGUGCGGCACCAGGAGAAGGUAAUCGAGAAGAUGGAGCGGGUGCUGGAGGACAAGUUGCGGGACAGGAAGGAGCCCCUGCUCAACAGGCUGCAGGGAAAGCCCACCAUGGCCUUCCCCAUGCUCUCCGCCUCUGGCCGUCCCCCGGGGCCGACGGAAGAGAACCUGCCUGUGGACCUGUACUCAGUCCUGCUGGCGGAAAACUCCAGGCUGCGGGCAGAGCUGGAGAAGAACCGCCACCAGUCAGCGCCCAUUAUCCUGCAGCAGCAGGCGCUGCCGGAUCUCCUUGCCAGUACCUCAGACAAGUUCAACCUUCUGGCCAAGCUAGAACGAGCUCAGAGCCGGAUCCUAUCCCUGGAAAGCCAGUUAGAGGACUCGGCCCGACUCUGGGGACGCGAGAAGCAGGACUUGGCCACACGGCUGCAGGAGCAAGAGUACGGCUUGGGGCACCCCUCAAACUCCGUCAUCACUGGCCUGCCCAACUCCUUGGCCCAUGCCAAGGACCACAGGCGACCCUCGAAGCUGGACCCUCUGAUGCCCAGCUCGGAGACUAAGCUCAACAAGCCCUCAAACUCCGAAAAGACCUGAGUCUUAGCAGACCUGAGUAGCUGGAGCAGGCCUCCCUCUCUGUGUGCUGGGGAGUCUCAUUCCACCCCCCAGAUGACUGUAUUAAAUGCCAUAAGGUCAGUGAGCAUUCACCUCUUUCCUGGAGUAGGGCAGCCAAGGGGACCCAGCUUCCUCCUGCCAGACCCCACUCUGAACCCAGGCCCUCCACUGCAGCGCUAUAAGUCUCCUGAGGCCUAUCCCAGAAACUACCAUUUUGGGACAGCCAGAGGUCAUAGUGAACCCAGGAGGGUGGGGAAGAGGCCUUCCAAAGCAGGAACCCUUCCAGACCUCCAGAAGAAAUGAGAUGACCAGAGGCCAGCUCUGUUGGAAAAUGUGAGGGAGGCUGGGACUUUCCACUUGCCCCCAGACAUCUCAUAUCUGAAAUCCCUUCUUCCAAGUUUGGUUUAUCUGUUUCUCAGGAAGGGAAAGACUUAAAGCCUGCCUGUGGCAAUCAAUGACAUAUUAGUGUGAAAUACCCCCAUUUACCGGGCUAGGCUGAGCUGGCAAUGUUGUGUCCAAAUACAGCCAGGGACAGGAAAGCAGAUGGGACCCGGGGAAGGAGCCCUCGGCUGAGAAUCAGGAGGCCUGAAUUCUAGCUGCAAGCAUGCUGUGUGACCUUGAGUGACUCUAGCAACCUCUCUGGGCUUCCAUUUCCCCAUCUAUCCCAUGCAGAGCUUACCUUCUCUGAUGGUAAGCCCCUUUCCAGCUCUAACAUUUCUGAGUCAAAGACAACUUGGCCCCAGAGAAGAGAAAGGAAGCGGUAAGGAGAGGGAAAGCCAACAUGAAAGAGGAUUGUAUGGUAGGGAAAGCAGAAAGGCUCCAAGAGUGGACUCAGGGCCUACAGAUGCUGGUAGAAGAGACCAAGGCUGCAGGGCCACUGUCCUGAGCAGGAUUAGCUCCCCUGUCUGCCUGCAGGACUUAGACCUGACUAGCAGAGGGCCAGAAAGGAUCAGGCACCCGGUCAGAUCAGGAAUUAUGGACUCAGAAGGGGUUAAGAGGGCUGAAAUUGGGACCAGUGUCCGACAGUCCAAAUAAUGUACCAGACGCAGCCAUAGUCUUCUUGCCUAGAGCUUGGGCAAGUGGACACAUCUCCCUAGAACAGGAAGCUGAGGCCUGGGGAAACCCAGAGAAAGGUCAGGUGGGGUAAAGAAAGCACGCUGGCCUCUUAUUCUCUAGGUCAGUCACCUCACACCAGACCCUCACUCACAGGCUUCGGCCCUAGCUUCCCCCAAAUCUCUCACUGGGCCUUGGCAGGAAGUCCUCAAGACCCCACAGGGAACUCCCACCCAAGGUUCAGCCAAUCAGAGCCUGGCAAGAGCCUCACUCCUGCGGCAGCAAGGAGGGCGACCCUACUGCCCCUGAGCUGCUAUAGGUGUGUGUGUUGGGGGGGGGGGGUCCCAGCAGAGAGAGCUUCAAGCGCAGCUGCCUCAGGUCCCCCAUUCAUGCUCAGAUCCCACUGUUGACCCAGGCCACAGAGCAUCUCCACAGGAGUGAUGGCUACCUUGGGGGUCAGAUAGAAAUGAAAACACUUCACGUAGUUCAGCCAUUUAUUG